AUUUUCCCUAUAUAAAGAACCUCAAUCCAUCAAGAACAAAAACACACAGAAACACAUAGUGAAAUGGUGGGAAACAAGCAGAUUGUAUUGAAAGACUACGUGAAGGGUUUUCUUAAAGAAUCUGAUUUGAUUCUGAAAACCUCCGAUGUUGAACUGAAUAUUCCCGGCGGCUGCAACGGCGCCGUUUUGGUGAAGAAUCUCUACUUAUCUUGCGACCCUUACAUGCGAGGUCGCAUGGUGAAGAUGGAGGGCAGCUACAUUGACUCUUUUACCCCCGGCGAGGUUAUUGUGGGAUAUGGAGUUGCCAAAAUAGUGGAUUCUUCAAAUCCAAAUUUCAAGAAGGGUGAUUUGAUUUGGGGCAUGACAGGCUGGGAAGAGUACUCUCUUAUCAAAUCUACUGAGGCUAUAUUCAAAAUCCCUUCUCUAGAUGUGCCUCUCUCCUUUUACACAGGAAUUCUUGGUAUGGCUGGUAUGACUGCAUAUGUUGGGUUUUACGAGAUUUGCUCUCCGAAAAAGGGCGAAAUCGUCUUUGUAUCUGCUGCAUCAGGAGCUGUUGGUCAGCUUGUUGGCCAAUUUGCUAAGCUAUUUGGGUGCUAUGUCGUUGGAAGCGCAGGCUCACAAGAUAAGGUGGAUCUUCUGAAGAACAAAUUUGGAUUUGAUGAUGCAUUCAACUAUAAAGAAGAACCUGACAUUGAUGCAGCCAUAAAGAGGUACUUCCCCGAUGGGAUCGACAUAUACUUUGAGAACGUCGGAGGCAAAAUGCUCGAAGGGGUGCUCCCCAACAUGAGAUCCCGCGGCCGCAUUGCUGGCUGCGGGAUGAUAUCGCAGUACAACCUCGAGAAGCAAGACGCCACGCGCAACUUGAUAUAUUUGAUUCUAAAGCAAAUCCGGAUGCAAGGAUUUUUGGUUUUCGACUACUUCCACCUCUAUCCCAAGUAUUUGGAGAUGGUUUUACCGCUCAUUCAAGAAGGAAAAUUGGCUUAUGUCGAAGAUAUUGUUGAAGGAAUUGAAGCUGCACCAGCUGCUUUAGUUGGACUCUUUUCAGGUAAAAAUGUGGGGAAGCAGGUUGUAGCUGUCGCUCAAGAUUGAUUUUCACACGAAAUAAUGUUUUCUUCUUAUACAUAAAUUUAAUAAUGCUUCUUUAUAUGAGGCAAGUUAUUUAUGUGCA